AUCUUUUCGGGUGUUCUUAAUAUUGUCAUUAAAGUAAUUCAUUUGCAUGUUUUAUACCGAAUGUCCACAUUCGCAUAUGUGAUUAGUUGUAUUAUGUGCACUGUAUUUAGUCGAAAGUCCUGCCAUGGCAAAUAUACCUGUACGCCUGUCUGAACUGAGAACCGAUGAAAGCUUUUCCUCUCGGAAUUCAAGGAGAAGUAAAAUACCCGUCAAUGAUGGAAAUAGAAAACGAUCUAUGUCCACUGAACCAAAAUCGUGCACAAAAAUCAAAGCAGUACCUGUGCUUCCAGUUCCACAGCAAUCAGCAUUUCCAUUACGUAGGAGUCGUAGUGCUCUGAGCCUUUGCUCUACACCCUGUCGUACACCAGUACGUCAUCCAUCACAAUCUAGGCCACCAAGUACAAUUCGUCCAAAUCAGAGGCAAAAGGAAAUCGAAAAUUAA